UGCAGCGGAGCGGCUGCGACAGCGACAGCAGCACAGCCCCGCAGCACCACCGCAGCGCUCCCUGCACAGCUCAGCACAGCCCUGCAGCACCACCGCAGCGCUCCCUGCACAGCUCAGCACAGCAACACCGCCGAAGUGACAUCUAAACCCGCUGCUGCAGAACUGAGAUGGAAACCAUGCACGAGCUGAUCCCCUUCGCCAAAGAAAUGCUCAGCCAGAAGCCCAACAGGAAGAUGGUCAAGCUGUACAUGCUGGGCAGCGUGCUGGCGUUCUUUGGGGUGGUCAUCGGGCUGGUGGAGACCGUGUGCAGCCCCUUCAGCUCCGAGGCCAGGCUAGAGGAGGAGGAGGACAAGAACAAGCCCGCGGCGCCCCGGGAGCAGCGGCUGCCGCAGAAACGGGAGGAUUUGGUGCUGGACAAGGGCAAGGCCCCGCCGGCGCUGCAGAGGGCCCUGGUGACCCGGCAGCACGCGUCCUAGGCCGGCCCCGCACCGCACAGAGACUCCGCCCGCCCAGGUGGUUCCAGCACGAAGAGAAGGCUCGGCUGAAGGAGACCGCACGUGUGAGACUCGCCAGAAGUGAAGGGUUAUAUUUGCUGCUGUGCAGCAGUGGGGAAAAAUACCUUUUGUUGGUAUAAACCUGUGCACGACGCACAGCACGGUUUCUUAUUUUUCUUACGGACGCAUUUUACACCGUUUUGCAAGAUCAAUAAAUAUUUUAUAUGGUA